GUCAUUUUGUGCGGAGUGUGGAACCAGAUAAAUGAAAUGCCCUUUCCUCUUCUUUUGAAAUCCAAGGCGGGAGGGAGAUAACGGGGCGUCCAUGGCAGAAACCCUAACAUCGUCCCAGUCUGCUACGGAAUCGAUCCACUUGGAAAGCAUUCGCAGUCGCUUGAAGGUUCUCUCUGAGACGCGAGACAACCUCUUGAACUCUUCUGAUGCCUCAUCGGAGGAUUCGAAGAUGUUAGAGGGUUGCAUUUUCAAUUUUGAGGAAAAGCUUAAGCUGCUCGAUGGGCAGGAACAAGAUGUUGCAUCUCUGAGCCUUGAAGAAUUAGAUGCAUAUGUGGAUAAAUUGAAAAAGGCGAUCUGCUCAGCGGAAGAAGAGAACUCGAAAGUUUCCAGUGAAAUUGAGGCACUCACAAAAAUGUUUGUUGAAGUCUCUGUUCAAUUGGAUGGUGAAAUUGAAGCAUUGAGUUACUCAAUGAACUUCAUUGAUGCAAAGGGCUUAAAUUCCUUGAGUUCAAUUCAUGCUGAUGAUGGGGUACUCAAUGGAGUGAUGCAUGAAAGCCCAUUGCACUUGUUUAACGCGUACAAAUUUGAGAUUUUUGAACUUAAUCAGCGGAUUAAGGAGAGUGAAGAGAACCUAAUCCUUUUGCAGGAUAUCGAUUAUGCUUUGAAAAGGUUUGAAGCAGAUGGACAACUUGAAGCUAUGUUUUCUGGAUUAAGAGUUAUUGAUAUACAAGGAUGUUAUGUUAGGUUGUCACUAAAGACAUAUAUUCCGAACAUAGACACCAUUCUUCUUAGGCAUAAAGUGGAUUUUGUGGAGCCACCUAUGUCUGAACACGAGAUGCUAGUAGAAUUUUCUGAGAGGAAUAUGGAUAUAAAGAGCAUUGAGAUCUUCCCUGGUGAUGUUUGUAUAGAAGGAAUAAUUGAUACAAUCAAAUCAUCCAGAAAUUUCGUUGCAUCAACAGUGUCCUCCUUGAGAUGGUUAAUAAUACAAGUUCAUCAUCGUAUUAUUUUGUGCAUGCUUCGCCGCUUAUUGGUAAUAGAUGCUAACAAAUCAAGACAUUCUUUUGAACACUCAGAUAGGGAUGACACAGUUAUUGCACAUCUGGUGGGAGGAAUAGAUGCUUUCAUUAAGUUAGCCUCUGACUGGCCUAUAUCAUCUUAUCCUCUGAAGUUACUGUCAAUUAAAAAUCGUGAUGACCAAUCCCAAAGCAUUACUCUGAGUUUCCUUUGCAAGGUCAAGGAACGGGCAAACUCUUUAGCUACACAAUCACGUCUUCAACUUGCAAAAUUUGUGGAUGGUAUAGAAGCGAUCCUCCAGGAGAUGCAAUCUGAUCUUCAUUCAAACAACAUUACUACCUAGCGGCUAGAUUUUUCACUUGAUUUCUUAAAAGAUUGAAUGUAUCUUAAUCUUGUAAGUUCAUAGUUGAUAUGUUUCUUUUUCUUUGAUGCUUGGGUAUGUCUAACAACCCUGAUGGAGAUGAUCCAACAACUUUUUACCUGUAUCUAAGAAAUGACUUGUUCCAUUGAAUUUCAAGAGAUUUUAGAUUCUUCUCAA